UGCUUUUUGUUUUUGUUACAGAAUAUUGUGCGAUUUCCUGUUUUAGAGUGUAAAACUAAAUAUGAUUCCGCCCAACUCGUCAUUACUCAAAUAUGAUAACCCCGUAUUAGUCAGUCGAAAUACAGAGAAAAAGACACCUAAGUCGAGGGCUUUAAAAGUAAGUCCACAACAACCAGCAACUCAGGGACCCGUACCAGGACCCCCGAAAACUGGUCAGCUCUCACCCCUUGACGCAAGCAAACAACAACAAACAGAUGAAAUCUUAAACAGCAUUCUUCCACCCAGGGAGUGGAAUGAAGGAGGUCAAUUGUGGGUACAACAGGUUUCAAGCACACCAGCUACAAGGCUCGAUGUUGUUAACUUGCAAGAAGAACUUGACAAAAGAUUGCAGCAACGUCAAGCCAGGGAGACUGGUAUCUGCCCAGUGAGACGAGAACUUUAUUCUCAAUGCUUUGACGAGUUGAUCCGACAAGUCACGAUCAAUUGUGCAGAGCGAGGUCUUCUGCUUCUUCGAGUCCGAGAUGAGAUACGAAUGACAAUAGCUGCCUAUCAGACACUCUAUGAAAGCAGUGUCGCUUUUGGUAUGAGGAAAGCAUUGCAAGCUGAACAGGGCAAAGCAGACAUGGAGAAUAAGAUUUCUGAUCUUGACAAUGAGAAGAGAGAUUUAGAAAGGACGGUGAAUGAAUUGAAAGCGAAAUGUGAAGCCAUCGAAAAGAGAGAAGCAGAGAGGAGACAAGUUGAAGAGAAGAAACAUUCGGAAGAAAUUCAGUUUCUUAAGCGAACAAACCAACAGCUCAAGACACAACUUGAAGGUAUCAUCGCACCCAAGAAAUAAUCUCCUUGCAUUUCAAUGUUCUGUGUUGGGAAUCAGAUUGACAUGUUAUGUUGAUAUUAAUGUACAGUAGCGUUUCUUGUUUUAUAAAUAUAAACCUAGUCUGAACAUUUA